GAAAAGUCAAAAGGUAAAUAAAACAAAUAAAUAAUUAAAAUGAGCUAUUCAAGUGAAAAAAACAAAAUAAUUGUUGCAUUGUGCGAAAAAUAUAAUGCUGAAAUGUUGACACUGGAUUCUGGUGAUGAGGAAGAAGAGGGUGAAAUCCUGGAAAACUUUAGAAUGAAUAUGCUUUAUCUAUCCGUUAACCGCCGAAGUGUUCACCUAGGAUUGCCAAAAUCAACAGCAUGGAACAAUAAAGUUCUAAACUAUUUUGACGAUAAUAGAUUUAAUCAAAUGGUUCGAUUGCUUCCCUCGGAAUUUGCCUACAUCCUGGACUUAAUUAAAGAUGACGAUGUAUUCAACACAAAAUGGCGCAAAACGCAAUUUCCAAUUGAGCUGCAGUUGAAAAUUGUACUUUUUCGCUUAGGUGAUGGAGGAUCUGUUCGCAAAGUUGCAUCCAUUUUUGGAAUAGGUGAUGGCGGCACAAUACAGAAGAUUACAAAAAUUUUUGUAUUGGCCAAGUGAAACCGAAAGAAUGGCAAUAAUUUUAAAAACACAACAGGAAUUGCCUGGAUGUAUUGGCUACAUUGAUGGCUCUGAAAUAAAACUUGCCGAAGCUCCACACAAAAAUCAUGAGCUUUACUUUUCAAGAAAAAGGCAAUAUGCUAUUAAAGUCCAAACCGUGUGUGACUAUAAAUUGUCCAUCAGGCAAGUUACAAUCGGAUAUCCUGGAAGUGUUCAUGACGCUAAAAUUUUUUUACAUUCUCCACUUGCAAAACACCCGGAGAGGUAUUUUUCUAGUUCCCAAUGGCUGGCCGGAGAUAGUGCAUAUCCUUUAAAGAACUUUUUAAUUACACCAUUUAGACGGAAUAGUUCAGAGCACACUUUAGAGGAAAGAGAAAAGUUUAAUAAAUAUUUUUCAAAAUAUCGCGUUCGGAUUGAAAAUUGUUUUGGGCUACUCAAAGAAAAGUUCGGAAGCUUAAAGGAAUUAAAGUUUCGAAUGUUAGGAGAAGAAAAUAAGAAAGAGUGCAAUGACUGGAUAAUGGUGUGCUGUAUACUUCAUAACAUUGUUAUAGAAUUAAAUAAUAAAAACAUCAGUGAAAAUGUUCAUUCAAAUUUUAUGCCACAAC